AUGAUGGCUGCGUUUAUCGGCCCAGCCAUUGUUGUUAACCAGAUCCUGCAGUUUAUAAAUGUUCCGUCUCACUCACUGACCACCGGGGUAGGACUCGCUGUGGCUUUGCUCGCCACUGAGUUCUGCAAAAUCUGCUUCAUAUCCUUGUUCUGGGCCAUCAACCUGCGUGCAGCUGUUCGACUGAAAGGAGCCUUCUCAGCACUGGCUUUCCAGAAAGUUCUGUCCUUCAGAGUCAACUGUGGGCUCACUGUCGGCGAGUUGAUAAACGUGUUGACCGGUGAUGGACAUCGGGUGUUUGAGGCUGUUACUUACGGAGGGUUCAUCCUGAUCUCCCCAGUGCUCCUUAUCGCCUGCAUGGGGUACGCUUGUUAUGUGUUGGGAGUAACAGCCCUGGCUGGAGUUGCCGUCUACAUACUCAUUCUACCGUUACAGGUUUUAAUUGGAAAAAUGAUUGAAAAGUUCCGACUUCCUGCCAUCAAGUCAACAGACAGUCGAGUUCGCAAAAUGAACGAGAUCCUGAGCAGCAUCAAACUAAUCAAGAUGUAUGCUUGGGAGGAGAGCUUUGAGCAGGAAGUUGCAAGUAUCAGAAAGGAAGAACGGACAAAUAUGAGAAAUGCCAGUUUUUUUGAGAAUACCAACGUCAACAUCACGACUGUGUGUCCGCUCAUUGCCACCGUGGUGACUUUCUUAGUCCACACUGCGUUGGGUUUCUCGCUGACUUCUGCUGAGGCGUUUACCACCAUUUCCAUAUUUAAUGCCAUGAGGUUCAGUCUCGCUGUGAUCCCUUUAGCUGUUCGAGCGAUUGCUCUUGCUGCUGUUUCACUCGGACGCCUCCAGAAAAUAUUACGAAUCAAAAAUCCAGAACCGUAUCUGGCUCAAGGGAAGGACCCAGACUUGGCUCUAGUCAUGGACAAUGCCAGUCUGUCGUGGGGGAGACCAGAGGCAGAACUCAGUCCUCAGGAUGUCACCAAGGGAAGUGCAGACUCUGAGCUGGUGGUCAAGUCCACUUUGAAGAACAUAUCCUUCAAAUUACCAAAGGGAAAACUUCUUGGAGUGUGUGGGAAUGUAGGAAGUGGUAAAACAUCUCUCAUUGCUGCCAUUUUAGAGCAGAUGUACCUUCAGCAGGGAUCAGUCGUGGCCUCAGGGACCUUUGCUUAUGUUGCUCAACAAGCCUGGAUAUUCCAUGGAACUGUCCGAGAAAACAUCCUGAUGGGGGAACCCUUUGAGCAGAACAAGUAUGAGCGAGUCCUGGAUGUGAGUUGUCUUCGUACCGACUUAGAGAUUCUCCCAUACGGGGAUCAAACCGAGAUUGGAGAGAGAGGCCUGAACUUGUCGGGAGGGCAGAAGCAGAGGAUCAGUUUGGCCAGAGCCGUGUAUUCCAACAGAGACAUAGUUCUUCUGGACGACCCUCUCUCAGCGGUGGACGCUCAUGUGGGGAAACACAUCUUUGAACAAUGCAUCAAGAAGGAGCUGCGUGGAAAGUCUGUCGUUUUGAUCACUCACCAGCUCCAGUACCUGGAGUUUUGUGACAGCGUUUUGCUGCUGGAGGACGGAGCGAUUGUUGAAAGUGGACAUCACCAGGAGCUGAUGGGACUGAACCAGCGCUACACUCAGCUCAUCAGCAACUAUCAGACACAACAGUCCAAGGACCAGAACAGUGAAGAUGAGACACUUAUUCAAGACAGAGUCCAGGAAGACACCAUGAGAAGAGCCCGAGCAGAGAGUGGGAUCGAUAACCCAGGCUUUGACAUGUCAGAUGAAACCAUUGGGCCUGAUUCCCCAAAAUCUCCCGAUAACAAAGAGCAGCUGGUGGCACAGGAAGUCUCCACCCAGAGCACCAUGGACUGGGGCGUCUACUACAGCUACAUCAGAGCAGCAGGAGGAUUGUUUAUUGUUUUUCUGAUGAUGAUGCUCUUUGUCUUACUUGUCGGAACCACAGCCUUUGGCAACUGGUGGCUCAGUUACUGGGUUGGACAGGGAAAUGGGUCCACGAAUGCGACCGCUUCAGACCCGGGCAACAUCACAGAAAACCCUCGUCUUUCCUUUUACCAAAUGAUUUAUGGUUUAACUGUUGUCAUCAUGUUGGUGCUCGCUUUUAUAAAGUGCUUCGUCUACACGACCAUCACGAUAAAUGCGGGCUGCAACUACCACGACAAAAUGUUCCACAAUGUCAUAUCUCGACCCAUGAGUUUUUUUGAUACAACCCCCGGUGGUCGUAUCCUGAACCGCUUUUCUAAAGACCAAGAAGAAGUGGACACGGUGCUUCCAGCUUACGUUGAUCCUUUUAUUCAAUACAGUCUUUUAGUCGCCUUCACUCUGGUCGUCAUCUCCUCCAUCUUCCCGCUCAUGCUCUUGGGCGUGCUGUUUUUUGGACUUUUGUUCGCACUCGUCCUAUUUAUAUUCCGAGGAAGUAUUCGUGAGAUGAAGCGUAUCGAGAACAUAAGUCGCUCUCCUUGCAUUUCUUUGGCAACUUCAGCUCUGCAAGGCCUGAGCACCAUCCACGCCUACAACAUCAAAGACAGCCAUGUAGAAAUGUUUAAAGUGCUCACAGAUGGGAACUCCAACAAUAUUUUCCUCUUUCAUUCUGCAUCAAGAUGGCUGUCAUUCUGUCUGGACUUUUUUGCCACCAGCAUGACCUUCCUAGUGUCGUUGUUUGUAAUUUUCAGCGAUAAUAACGAUAUAUCGCCAUCUCUGAAAGGACUGGCCAUGUCAUACACUAUACAGCUCACAGGGUUGCUUCAGUAUGUUGUGAGGCAGUCGACGGAGGUGGAAGCCAGGUUCACUUCAGUGGAGCGUCUCCAAGAAUAUAUCAUUGAUGGUACAUUUGAGUCUCCAAGACAAGUGAAAAAUGCCCAAAUUCCCCCAAACUGGCCGAUGGAUGGGGCCAUUACAUUCCAGAACUACAAGAUGAGAUACAGAGACAACACACCGAUCGUUCUAGACGGGUUGAACAUGUCCAUUAAAGGCGGAGAAAAGCUCGGAAUUGUGGGAAGAACGGGCUCAGGAAAGUCCUCUCUGGGAGUGGCUCUGUUCCGCCUGGUGGAGCCCACAGAGGGGUCCAUUCUGAUCGACGGAGUGGACAUAACAGCCAUAGGUCUGCAUGAUCUGCGCUCCAAACUGUCCGUCAUCCCCCAAGACCCAGUUCUGUUCAUCGGCACUGUCAGGUAUAACGUCGACCCAUUUGAUAAUUACAGCGAUGAUCAGAUCUGGGCUGCGCUGGAGAAGACCUACAUGAAGGAAUCUAUCUCACAGCUUGAUGGAAAGUUACUUGCUCCCGUUAUGGAAAAUGGGGACAACUUCUCAGUAGGAGAAAGGCAGCUGCUGUGUAUGGCCCGGGCUUUACUGCGGAACUCCAAGAUUAUUCUUCUGGAUGAGGCCACAGCUUCCAUUGACUCUGAGACAGACGCUCUCAUACAGAACACAAUCAAAGAGGCCUUCCAGGACUGCACCGUGUUGACCAUCGCACACCGCAUCAACACCAUUCUGACCUCGGACCGUAUCCUGGUCAUGGACCAGGGACAGGUGGCAGAACUGGACAGACCAGACGUGUUACAGCAGAGACCAGACUCCAUCUUCUCUUCUCUGGUGGAGGCAGCCAACGCUUCAAGUCACUGA